UGACGUCUUUAAUCCUGAAUCCUGAUUGGUCAGAAAUGCUGAUUAAUGAAAUUUCCCUCUCUGUGAACUUUACCUCAGCUUUUCCUACAGCAUUCAGGCCGUAAAUUAUUCAUUUAUUUUUUCUUUGGUUAAAGUUUGCGCUGAGAAAUGGACCACAUCUGUGUUAUCAUAAAGCUCUCUGGCUUUUCUCACAUUGUGUUUCAUUUUUCAUCACCAGAGUGAAUAUGGACUGAAAGCAUCACUGGAGCAGUCGUGGCUGUUAUUUCCCUCACUGUCUCUACUGCUGGAUUUCUCAUCUGGAGGAAGAAGAAGUCUGCUGUGCAUCUGGCCAGUGUGAACAGUUAAUCACUCAACCUGUGUAAUAAAAGCAGAACAUCAGAGCAGGUAUUAAAGCUCUCCAGGCCUGAACUGGUCGAGACACAGCUUACACAUUAACACAGUUCUGAAGUGAAGGUACAUGCUGAGGUGUUGUCUAAUCUCACUGUCUACAUGGUGAGAGAGAUCUUUGGCUACAUGUAAUCUCGAGCACUUUACUGGCCAACAAAGUUUGAGAAUCCCCGCUGUUACCUACUGAGCCUUCUCAGUUUAUUGCUAAGAGUAAUAAUCAUUGAUGAAGAGAAUAUUUAUGGUCAUGAUCUUGCAACUGAAAGUGGGUGUGUAGAUACACAGGAAGAGUCCGUGUUUCACUGAACUCAUGUGGUUUCUUUGCACAGAGCUUUAUUGAACCUACUAAGAUUUCCCAGAAACCAUGUGACUUUUUUGAUGAUUUGUAUGUGCAACUGGAAAUAAAAUAUUUAAGCAGCUAUUUAAUAUUUCAUGCACUGAGACCCUUGAUUCAGCUCAUCUGCAUUAUAUCAUUAUCACAUCAUUAGUCAUUAAAUUAUAAUUUCUGUACUAUUUUGUUGCUUAGUUCCAGCUGAUAAGGAUUUUACUGAUGAAUUAGGACCUUUAUCCUUUGUGUAAAUAUACCUUUAUAAAAUAGUUGUUUCAAAUUUAAAACAUUACCUUUAAAACAUAUAAAACUCUAUAUUUUAAAGCCAGAUAGCAGUUUUUGUAAUGUUUAAUACAGUAUUUUUACAGUGAAAGGAAUGAAAGUCUGACAGAAGUGAAAGUGAAAGUGAAGAGUGAAUGCAGAGGGGUAGAAGUCUGCAGUGGCUUUAGGUGAACCUGUGACUGACGCUGAGUUGAAAAUGGAUUCUUCCCAGGAAACAGGCCCUUCAGCUGAACAGGGUGCUCAAAAUGACCCUGAUGAAGGGAGAACAGAUCCUACGGAGAAUGCUGGCACGCUUCCUCAGAACAUUUCUCAAGCCUCUUCAGUAGAAACAGCAGGACCGCUGCAACCAGAAACCCCUAACACGGGAACAGAGUUGGAGAACCAGGUGAGAGCUGAGGCUACUUCACAGAGAACAGGAGAAACUCCACAUGACAGACAGGAUCACUCACCACUGACAGGUGACAAUCCACCUGAGACGGCUGCUCCACAGGAGCCCUCCCAGUCUUCUCAAACGGAGGAUGGAUUUGUGGUUGUGUCUGUACCUCCAGUUGAAGGGUCAGACUAUGCAUUAUACGGGCCACAUUAUUAUAACAGUGCGACGGAAUAUGACGAUGAAAACGUCAUUUGUGUGAAAUUUUAUGCUGCUCUUCAGAAGGGACUCGGUACUGGACAUGAUGAGAUGUAUCUUGUCUGCAAUGGACUAAAAUUUAGGAUGACUCCCGUAAGGACUGAUGGAGCUGGUCGGAUGUUCACACUUAGCCUUUCUCUCUACAAGGCGGAUGCCGAGGUUCAUUACACGUAUUGUCUCACUGAUAAAAAAGACAAAUUUGAAACUCUUGAAGAUGAAAAACAGAAGUAUACUUACAGGACGCUGUACAGAAACAUCUCUCAGAAGGAUAAAGUCUUCCACCAGUUUGAUGAUGUAUGCAUGCAACCAGAAACAUGGUGGCCCUCAUGGGGGAGUAAGACCACGAAGAUUAAUACAAUACGAGAGGAAUUCAUUCAGUCGACAUUAACACAGUUGAUGAAUUGCACAAAUGCGGAUUUAUCAGAGAUGCAGGCUACAGUUAACUUUUUUUGUGAGUGUCUACAAACUAGACGUGUUUCUGUCCCUGGACUGAUGCCUGUAAAAUUGCAGAUAUCAUGGGACAAUUUAAAGGGAAGAGUGGACAGAGCAUUUAAGUGUGCAAUUGAGGAGUCAAGAGAUACUACUCCAGUUCAGUAUGUUCUCGCUGCAGCACUUCUUGCAAUGUUUCUUCAUGUAAAUCUUGAAAAAGCUACAAUUGAGAAGCUGUCUAAAAUUAUCGAAAGAAAUGGCGAGCUGCAAGGCCCCCUGGCAAGUCUUGAAGACUCAGUGAGAAGGAAAUUGUCUGAGGCUGUGCGGUAUAUGUUCAACCUGGCCUGCGACAAGUCACCAAAUGCAGCUCUUUGGUUUAUGGCCCUGUUUUAUGCAUUAUCUCCAGAAUCUGUGAAGCUGUUACCAGAUAGACAGCAAGCUAUGCCUCAAGUAUCAUACAGGAACUUAUCUGAAGUGAUCAAGACCCACUCUUUGGUGAUAAACAGACACGAAGCAUUCAGAGCUGCUGUAUUAAACAUGGCUAAUCUCGAACACCUUCAGCUCUUAUCGAAGCUCAACAUUACUCCAGAUGAACUCCUGUCACAGCUGAAAAAAUGGCAGACCUGCAGCAGUUUUCAUAAACUGCAUCAGGCUGUGGAAGUGGUUGCUUUGCGGAUUAAGGCCUGGCUGAACGAAAGCAGCCAAGAAGAAUCAACUUCAGAAACACUGAAGACGGAUGUACGCUCCUGCCUGCAGAAAACGCUGAACAUCCUUGAAACAUCUUUGAAAGACAGAAACUGGAUAGAGCACUGGGACAAUGUGCUGUCAGCACUGCAGCUUCUCAAUGCAUUCACUGACUCUUUUGACCAUCUUUCAGAUGAUAUGAACCCCGGUGAUUACAGGCCCAGUUUUUCUCAUCUAAGUGAGAAAAUGUCUGUCUGCAUCUCAUACCAGAAAGACAAGAAGGCAUUGUCAUUAGAACGUUGGAGUCAAGUGUUUAAUCUUCCAUUGCCAAAUAUUUGGCAAAAAGACUGGGAGGAAAUUCUAAAGACACACUUCAAAGAAUAUCUGAAAAAGAAAAAGAUCACUGACCAAGUGAAAUACUACUGUAAUCAUUCUGGUGUUUGUCCAGCAAUGGACAACUGCAUGUUGGUUUGUGCCCAAGAUGCAAUUAACAGAUUGACAUCCAAGAGCAACCAGAAAGGACAGCAGUUCAGUCUGAAGGAUCUAUUACGCUCAACAUCAGAGUCUCCUAAAUGUGGAACACUGGUGUCCUUCAUUAUCGAAAGCAAACUGCGUGCUCUAGCCUGGAACCGUGAGGACUACCUUUAUCUUCUGUAUGAUGAACAGCUGAGAGAUGUUUUUUUGACAAUGCAGCAACAGCAGAUGGACAAGAUCUUCACAGCACAUCUCCCAACCACACAACUAAUACAAAGAGCUCGCAAUCUAAUGGACCAACUGAUUGAGGAAAUGAAGAACAAGUCAAUACCAUGCAAACUACUGAAAGGAAUUAUUGAAAGUAAACACUGUGCCAACAGUUACUUACUAGGAAAAAACAUGGACGCAUUUCAGAAAACAAUAAAGGAAGCAGAGGAGGAUUUCAAAAAAUUUGAAAGCCGGAAAAGCAAAGUAAAGGUACUCAAUGACCUUAACCAAGGCAUGCCAGUUGAUGUAAAACAUCUUGAGACAACUUUGUCAAUCGAGCUGGACAAGGAGGAACGUUCACUGAAAACUGUCAUGGACAUGGUGAUCAGCGAAGAACCUGGAAGUGACACACAUUUUCUCAAUAAUCAGGCAUUUGAAAAGAUUCAUCUUCUGUCUAAAAGCACAUAUUUCAAAGAACUGUGGCGAAAAACAGCAAAACAAGCCAAGGACACUGAGUUUAAAGAGAUUGCAUUAAUUCCACUGGAUCAAGUCUACGAUAACAUUUACAAACCAGCAUUUGAAGAAUUUAGAAGCUCGUACGAGGCCUUGAAGGAUCUCUCGAUGAGUCUGCUGGACUUGGAGAGUAAACUGGGCAAAUUUUUAAAUAGCAUGUCAAAAGAACUGAAAACGAUGGCAGAUGUGUUCACUGAAGAUAAACAGGAAUGGAUUCAGAAGACACGUGAACACAUUGAACGUUACAGAGCUCUUCAGUCUGCAAAAGAAAAUGCAGAAGUCAUCAUUGAACUAAAAAAUAACCUUGGUCUAUGUGGAGACUUUGGUGGCAUUGACAACCUCGAGCAUAUGGACUGCAAGUGCUUGUGUGAUCUCACUGAAAAUGUGUCCAAAGUCGGAAACCAGUUGAGAGAAAUUCCAAAACCAACAGUUAGCUUUCUAAGAGAAUUUAAUGAAUGUAUCAGACGAGGAUUCAUCUCAUGGAUUAAAGAAAUCAUAAAAGACACUGGAGAGCUAACGGCAUUUGUGGAGCUGGCCUCUAUCUCUGCUGGAGAAAAUAGCAUGGACAUUGGCAAAGUGUGCUGUUUCAGAGACGCCAUAUCUGCUGCUGCACCAAUAAUAUAUCAACUCUCUGAAAUAUCUGGAAUUAAAGCUCUUUUGCAAGCUGUCAACAAGCUUGGUUGUGCUAUAGAAAGUGACAAAAAUCUGGAAACUAAACUGAAAGACUCCUGUGACAACAUGGAGUGGCUCAAAAUUGCCUAUGAGACUCAUGGUUCUGUUGAGAGGUCGUCUUUGCACCAGGCCACAGAUAUAAAUGAAAGUGGGCUUUACAUCAUCAAAAGUCCAUCUGAAGCUCAAGCAAGGAUUAAUCUGGAAAAUUGCAUCACAUUAAGAUGCAAGGAAAUCUUGGUUAAUGGACAAGAUGCAGAAUACAGAACAUACAGCCUUUCUGAGCUUCAAGAACUGCAAAACAAACUGAUGCUGAUUACUGUCAGCGUUAAAAACCGAGAGGAUGAAAUCACAACCUACAUUGAGGUUUUGGAGCAGAUCAUAAAUGUGGGAAAGUGCUUCCUUGAGCUCCGUGAUGCUGGACAUAUUCUGUUUCAAGACUGGGAGAUGACGGCCUACUGCCAACAAAAACAUGAUAUUAAAAUUUGGGUGAAAUUUGGGAUUACAAAUGUAGAGAUCAAAGGUUACAGACCGCUGCUUGAUGAGUUGAAAGGACUGUGUGAAAGCAUGAGAGGUUGUCUCUCUGAAUGGUUAAAGUACACAGAGCAGAAACGAAACAUGUACUACUACUUAAACUACUUCACAGCAAAACAGCUAGUCUAUCUGUGUUGCUCUGUGGCUGAAUUUCGGCAUGAGUGGAAGAACAUUAGCACUGGUCUUCUUAACAUGCUAUCCAUCAUGAAGGACAACAUUAAAGAAAGCGAUGUGCAAAAUGCACUCACCAAAGCACUCGAAACCCCAGCUGAAAGUGGCGAAUCACAAGCAACGCUCGAACUCAAGAAAUUCCUCAAUGUUUUUCCAGACACGAUCGAAUAUUUUCUUGAUACAGGAAUUACAGAGGAAGAGAUCAAAGCAGCAAUAAUGUUUUGUGAAGAAGACGAGCAAGUAGCAGGAGGCUACAGAGACUCUCGGACUAUAGAGGAGUACCAAGACACUGUGAUGCAAUGCAUUGAUGAUCAUCAGAAUGAUGAAGAAUGGGUCCAGGAAUGGUGUGAGAAAUAUGAGACAAGACGGGACAGUGUCCUUAAAAAUCAAAUGAAAUUCAAAGGUGGACUCACGACAGAAGAAGUGUCUUUUUCAAUGACAGAGGAGCAGAUUGCAGCAGCAUUUGAGAACUUGGAAAAUUCCGAUGAGAAGAUUGUAAUGCUUUGGAAGACGUACCACAACAAACUCUCAGGGCUUGUAUCAGACAAGUUUGUAGACUUAGAUGUUCUUGGAGAAACCAUGAACCAUCUUGCCAAAUCUGCAGAAGUGACCGUGAAACGAAAACUACCGAUCAUUUUGGAAGGGGGCAAACCCAACCUGAUUUCCUGUAAAGAUGUUGAAAUGCUUCCACUCUGCCUAUCUCUGUACAAAGAUAAAGCGCAACCGUUGCCAACCUAUGAUGAAAUUCUGGUCUGUACCUCUGAGACGACUGCAGAAGAGGUGGAACUGAUUAUCAGGAGAGCUGUACAGCCUGGCAGCACACACGAGAAGAUCUACUGUUUACUGAAUGCAGACAAACUGAAUCAUGACGUGUCCCGAAAGUUCGAGUCCAUUUUCUACAAAAAAACCCAGGAGGCACAUGUCCAGGGAGGCACGAAUAAGAGCGAUUACCAGUUGAUUAUUUUCUGCGACUCAAAGGCACAUCACAGUUAUGUUGCCACUGCUUUUGACAUGUUUAAGAGGACAGUCUCUGAGAGUCCAAAUCUAAAUGACGAAAUUAAACAAUACCUCCAACACAAGCACCAAACAUCCUCAGAAGUCGAAACUGGGUUUUCAAAAUUGAACCAACUUGACCAAUUUCAGCUGAAAACAAAACUCAUUUUCUCAGAACAUGCUGGCAUGGGAAAAUCCCUGUAUGUGAAAAAUCUUGUGAAAGUGUCUGAACAAAACCUUAAAAGCGCAGGAUUUACUUAUAAAACAAUACGGAUAAGCCAGUCACAGCUGAGGACUGAAGACAUUGCCUCUCAGCUGCGGCAGUAUGAGGACAAACCCAUGGACAAAGUCCCCAGAAUCUUUCACUUUGACAUUCCUCCUGUGGUGACAAAAGGACUGUACACGUUUCUGCUGCAGCUGUUUGUGCUGAGAUGUUUUCAGAGCCCUGAUGGGAUCAUAUGGAGGUACAAUGACUCCCACAUUUACUUGGUGGAAUACACAAAAAGAAAGCACAGGGAAUGUGACCGGGACAGCUCUGAGAUAUCGUCUCAAGUAGAAGAUGCCUUUUUGGAAAUGUUGCCGACUGUUAAGUGUCUUUCACCUGAGGAAACCCUGAGACAUCUAGAGCAGAAAGGAUCGUACGAUAAAGACUACCGGCUAAUGGAUGAAGGAGAGUUUCGUAGUGAAGCCUUUCAGCGCACUUACCAGUACUUCAAAAUCUACAGACUAAAACAAGACCAACUUGAGGCUUUCUCUUUCGAUCCCGAAUUUGUUGAAGAUUCACCGAAGGAAUGGUUAGAGUGUCUUCUGCAGUUCUGUGACAUUAAAAACCCAUCUUGGGGAGAACUGAGGAAUUUCACACACUUUCUAAACAGCCAGCUGAAGAAAUGCGAACAGUCCAUUUUUUGUAGCGCUGCCUUAAAAGAUGACCUGACAGGCUUUAAAAAAUUCGUUGUGAAAUUCAUGAUGACAAUGUCCAAGGAUUUUUCCAUGAGAUCCCUAAAGACGUCAGAUGACAGUGACGAGAAAGUGGAAGAUGCAGCAGCAGAAGACACGGCUCUCAAAGAAUUUCAGCUCCGAAGACGAUGGGAACAACAGGCGCAUCCUUACAUCUUAUUCAAUGCGGAUAAUGAUUCCAUGACAUUUUUAGGAUUCCACAUUCACAAUUUAGAUGCAGUUGAUGCUCGGACUAAGGAGGUAGUGGAAAAGAAAAUUAUCGAUAAGACACUUUUUAUCCAAUUAAAGGCUCAGAGAGUGCCUUUUAACAUUGACUUUGAGAAUAUGCCCCGUGCCGAGCAGCUUGUUAUUAUAGGCAGAGUGCUAGGAGUCGGGAUUGUGAAGGAUCCAGAUGAUACGUAUCAGCUGACAUUAGAUAAUGUGAUGAAAAUCCUUGCAAUUCACCUUCGAUUUGAGUCGGACAUUCCUGUGAUCAUCAUGGGAGAAACAGGAUGUGGAAAGACCCGGCUGGUCCAGUUCAUGUGUGACCUGCUGAGAUCAGGGAAGGAGAGACAAAACCUGAUUGUGGUGAGGGUGCAUGGAGGUACAUCAUCCGAGGUCAUUUACAAGAAAGUGAGGAAGGCAAUCGAGAUUUCAAAAGAAAACGAAGUCCAUAAUUUGGAUACGGUGCUGUUUUUUGACGAAGCUAAUACGACAGAGGCUGUUAAUGCCAUCAAGGAGGUGAUCUGUGACAAGUCUGUCAAUGGAGAACAGAUCGAAGCACCUCGCCUUAAGAUCAUUGCAGCAUGUAAUCCCUACAGGAAGCACUCAAAGGAGGCCAUAGAGCAACUGGAACGAGCUGGAUUGGGAUACAGAGUCCGAAGUGAGAAUACGGAGGAGAAACUCGGGCAGAUACCAAUGCGGCAGCUGGUCUACAGAGUUCAGCCAUUACCGCCAAGUCUUACUCCUCUGGUGUGGGACUUUGGGAAGUUGAAUGAGCACACGCAGGAGCUCUAUAUCACACAGAUGGUCAAGACAUUCUUUCGCAAAGAAAACCUUCCCGAUAAUGGACACCAGGCUUUAUUUACAAAGGUAAUCUCUGCCUCUCAGAAGCAUAUGGUAGAGUUAACUGAUGAAUGCCGGAUGGUCAGUCUCAGAGACAUAGAGCGGUGCAUGAAAACAGUCAUGUGGUUUUAUCAACAAAGGCGCAAAUUAUUUCAGGAAAUUGACAGAAUUAGAGGAGAGAAAGGAAGCACUGAUGAUCUGGUUCGGUCUCUUAUUCUCGCAAUCGGAGUUUGCUACUUGGCUUCACUGGAGAAUCGCAAUGAAUACUUAGAAAAAGUCGCAAAAGCUUUCUCUCCUGGCGUGACAGACAUUGACAUUCAGAGAGAGAUUGAGCUUUGCAAAGAAGCAUUCAUCUCAAAUGUUAACUGUCCAGCUUCAGUGGCAAAGAAUAAAGCUCUGAAAGAAAAUGUAUUCAUGAUGGUUGUGUGCAUGAAUCUAAGAAUCCCACUGUUUCUGGUUGGAAAACCUGGAAGCUCGAAAUCUUUGUCCAAGACAAUAGCUGCUCACGCAAUGCAGGGCAAGGCUUCCCCAAAUGCUCUUUUUAAAGGAUACAAACAGGCACAGCUGGCCUCAUUCCAGUGCAGUCCACACUCAUCUCCUGAUGGGAUCAUCUCAAUAUUCAGGCAAUGUGCACAGUUCCAAAAAGACAAAAAUUUGGAAGAAUAUGUUGCUGUUGUGGUCCUUGAUGAAAUUGGAUUAGCAGAAGACUCUCCAAAAAUGCCACUGAAAACAUUACACCCCCUACUGGAAUAUGGAUGUGUUGAUGAUGAAAGUCCUGAUCAGUUCAAGAAAGUUGGAUUUAUUGGAAUUUCCAACUGGUCAUUGGAUCCAGCGAAGAUGAAUCGUGGCAUUUUAGUUCUGAGAACAUCUCCUGUGACGGAGGAGCUGGAAAACACAGCUCGUGACAUUUGUUCAAGUGAUAAGGAACCAGUCGACGCAGAGAUUAAAUGUUUGAUUCCCAAGCUAACCGAGUUCUACUUAAGAGUGCUUGAAGAACAGAAGAGUGAGUUCUUUGGGCUCAGGGAUUUUUACAGUCUCGUAAAGUUGAUUAUGUCCUAUGCCAUAGAAGCAAAUGGCAGGCCAUCAGAUGAGGAUCUAACCAAAGCUGUGCAAAGGAAUUUUGAUGGUUUGGAUUCCCUAAAUGUUCUGGAAAUAUUCUAUGAUAUUUAUAAAGAGAGAACAAGGAAAUGUGACAUAGUCUCACUGCUCAGAGAAAACCUGGACAUAGGGACUUCAGGGUUUACUUCCAGGUACCUUCUACUGCCAACAAUCAAUCACGCUGCUCUUCAGAUUUUGAAAUCCCAGAACAUCAUUGAUGAAAGCAAUGUUGAAAUCAUCUUUGGCUCAGGAUUCCCACACGAUGAAGAAUACUCUCAGGUUUGCCGCACGGUAAACAGAGUGAAGACGUGCAUGGAGACAGGAAGGUCAGUUGUCCUGCUCAAUAUUCAGAGCCUUUAUGAGAGUCUCUAUGAUGCUCUGAAUCAGUGCUAUGUAAAAUUAGGCGGGAGUUACUAUGUUGACCUGGGGCUAGGAUCUCACAGAGUUAAAUGCAGAGUCAAAGACGAAUUUCGACUGAUUGUCAUUGAGGAGAAAAGCACAGUGUAUGAGCAGUUCCCUACGCCGCUGCUAAAUCGACUGGAAAAACACUGCUUGGAGAUUAGUAAUAUUCUCCCGAACCAUGCUCAACAGAUGCAGGCUGAAUUGGAGGAAUGGCUAAACUCAUUUGUGACACAGGAUUCAACUGAAAGCAACCAGCUCAUCUCCACCAAGAAAACAUAUGACACUAUAGUUGGCUACACAGAAGAUACGUGUGCGUCGGUGCUUUUACAGUGCUGUCCUCAGAUAGUGUCCCGGGAACUGGAUCAUGAUGAGAGAGAGGAAGUUCUUGAAAUGGCCCAGGAAAUGCUUCUUCAGUGUGCAACUCCAGAUUCAGUUUUGAGAGCAACAACAUACAUGGAAGAAAAUUCUGAGAAGUUUCUAGAGGCGUAUUUUGUAAAGCAGCCACAUGGCAACUUAAUAGAGGCUUUAAAAAAAUACAGAGAGGCCAAAACCGACGGAAUUUGUCUUGAGGUAUCCACAUAUUCUCGACUGCUCAAUAAAAGAGAUGUGGAGAAAAUCAAUAAGGAGCUUGACAUUACAGAGAGCAAUUCCUGUCUCUUCCUACUGAAUGAAUUUUACACAGAGCAAGCCUUCUCUCAAACAGUGAGUGAAUUUCUUGGCAAUGAUGCAGGAGCACGCAAACUCGUGCUGCUGCAGUCUUACUUUGAUGAUCCAAAACAAAGUCAGCGACUUCUCUUCUGUGUGAGACACAGCAUUACACGGAUCAAAAGUUCAGUCUCAGGUGGAGCUGCCUUUGACGUUGUGCUUCUUACAAGGCUUCCCCGGAUUUCAGGAGGCUGUGGAUAUAUUGCUACAUUUGGAGACGGCUGGGUUUCACUACACAUAGAUGAACUAAUUGCAACUCCAGGAUUUCCCGGCGACAUUUAUGAGCUGCAGCGCAUGACUGUCUCAGAAAGUCUCGCAAAAAGUUCCUUCCCUGCUACAGAGGAUCCUGACAUGGACAGUCCUAAAACCCCGUUUUCUGAAAAACAGGAUGUCUUUAUUGACACACACUUGCUAAUGAAGAAGUCUUUACAGAAGGGUAUUUUGAAGCUGCGUGACAAAGCGGAUAACACUCAGAGAGCGACAAAGCGUGUAGAAAUUCUCCAUGGGCUGCUGCAAAACAAAUACGCUGUGUCUGCUGCUUUCAUUAAAUCACUGGAAAGGAGGAUAAUCAGCUUUCUUUCAGAGCAAGAGAAAAUGAAGGGAAAAGAGAGCUGGGUUGUUGCUCAGGCGCUUUCUGAUCGCAUUGUUGCUGAAGGCAGUUCAUUUAGACAUGUGCUGUGGGUUCAUCUGGAGGGCAGCGUCGCCUCAGCCCUAGCCCACAUUCUGGCAGUCAUUGAUGGAGACAAUAACCUUGAUAAUCUGAUCAAUGAUCAACCAUCAGAAAAGUCUGACUUCUGGCUGAAUGUAUUUCAAGAGGAUCAAUGGGAUCUGCUGCACAUUCCAGGCAAUAUCUAUCAAGGACAGGUAUCUGUCUUGUCAACGACUGGAGACCAGACUAAGUCGUGGACAUGUCAUUUCCCAUUUAGCUGGGCUUUAAAAGACAAAUUUGAGCAGAUUUGGGCAUGUGUCAUCAAUCUGAAAGGACCAUCUGUUAGGCCUACUAAGGAGUACUUGGAGAAGUUUGAAGAACUGAUACCUCUUACCUGGAUUAAAAGCAUCACAAAAGGCCAUGAGCUGUUUGCCAUGUUUUCUGAAGACCUUGUAAACAUCUCAAUGCCAUCGUAUCCACAUGAGCUAAAUAAGUCUUUUUCAGAAACACUCACUAGACUCGCACCACGUCUCUAUCGCGAUUUAACGGGAAAUGAUCCUGACUGUGUCCCUCUGCCCUGGCUGUAUGUAGUUAAUAAAUACAUGCAAGACAACCAUCAACUUUUCUACAGUUUAUAUUUCCAAAACAAAGACGUGGUCACUGGAGGAGAAGCAACAGAGGCACUCCGCCAGGUACUUCAGGGCCUUCAGCCAAAAGAAAGUGAGCUGAAAGACUUUGACAGCUGCCAGGAGUGGCUAAAGAAAGUGAAGUCCCUGUCUGUGACUGUUGACUUGAUCCUUUCAGAGGACUCUCUGGUGACACGUCAUGCUGAAAAUGCAGAAAUGCUAAUCUCAAAAAUCAGACUGCUCUGGCAAAGUACCUGGAUAAUCUAUCUACUGAUGGAUCACCUCCUACAAAACGAGCAGGAAAUGGAAAAAAAACUGCUGACCUUUCUCGUGAGAAAUCUAUUGUUUGCAUGGAAGAAACUAAACUCAGAAGAAGGGAAAGAGAUGGAGUGUGUGAUUGAUCAUGUCACAGGGACUCUGGCUAAAUGUAGCAAGAAUGCUUGUAAUGUGUUCAAAGUCGUGUGUGGCUACUGUGAUAAGGACUUCACAGAGGACGACACAGCUGAGGUCGAAUGUGGACACAUGUUUCACAUAUCUUGUUUAAAGGAACACAGUGACACGCAGUGUAGGAAGUGCAAAAAACAGAUCAAUCAAGAUUACAAACCUUGUGGAGUUGUGGCCAAAGAAACCUUUCUAAAAGUGAACAGAUUUAGAAGAAAGUGCAAUUCGUUCUUCGUGGAGUUCAUGUGGAACUUUGUCAGCAGCAAAGAGCAACUGACUGACAACGUCCUGAACAAACUCAUGGACUAUGUAAGAUGUAGCCCAUCUGCAGAAGCUACGAGUGAGAGGUCCACUUUACAGCAGUACAUGAACCCAGACCUUGCUGUCCAGUCUCUCAUACUCAAGAUCCUACUGAAAUGCGGAAUGGAGGAAACAGCACCUCAGCUUCAGAGGUUCGUUGAAGAGGCUGUGAAAUCAAACGAGAGGAACGCUGAUGAAAUCUACUUCAUGGUGGUGCGCAGCAUCGAGGAUCACAUCUACUUUUCCAGUCAAGGCUGUCUCAUCAGCAAGGCAAUCAAAUGUCUCGGUACCUGUGUGCUCCACGAGUCUGAGCAGAACAUGAUUUCUGAGCAUCUACACACCAUCGCAAAACUGCGGUUUGCCAUCACGGUUGCCUCUGAUGCCAUCAGGAGUGUACUGUCUGAAGAGGUCACAGUUGAUGCUGAAGAGUGCAGACAUCUCCUGCGAAGCCUGCAGGAGCUUUUGUCUAACACAGGCAAUCCGUGGGUACAGAUAUUUCUGCUACGCAACAUCUGUGAGACGCACGGGUUCAGCCUCGUCCAUCAGCUCGGACAGAGUGAAAAGUUUCAGUGGACUAUACCGAGUCAGGUGUUGAAAGAACAGCAGGACAUGUCUACACGAGCAGUGGAUCAGUUCCAGAUGUACGGGCAAAUGUACGAGAAGAUUACUGUCGACUCGUUCAAAGCUCUAGAGGAGCCUUCACACGAGAUAGCGCAGGAGUUUGAUGAAAGCAUCCCGUGUUUCCGGGUGUGUAUGGCAUUAGCUGCAGUCAGGCAGGCCACGCAGAACACAGCCUCGACCAGCAAUGCAGGCUCUCUGAUCUCCAAGAUGAGGAUGAAGUCAAGCACAGACACCAGCUGGGGGCAGCUUGUUAAAAUCUGUGAAUCAGAGCUUGAGGAUUGCACUCUGUCUCAGAUUGUUUUACACACUGCGCUAGUAGCCCAAGUUUCUACAGCGCCAGAGAUGAAACUGCUGCACUGUCUGUGCUUCAGUCCAGGAGAAUGCAAGGAUUUCUUCAUCCCGACUAUGCCUAACUCAGUAAAUGAAAUAAAAGAGUGGAUUAAAAACUGGGCUGAGGAUGCGAAGAAAUCAGAAGUUCCAUCUGAUAAUCUGAAAAUAUGGGUGUGUCGGUGUGGGGAACCUGUUUUAAUUGGCAAUUGUGGGAGACCAUGGGUAAAAUCACAGUGUGCGAGCUGUGGCAGUGAAGUUGGUGGUGAGCGUCACAAUGCAGUAGAAGGUUUCACAGAGUUUAAUCAUGUACAGGGCAGCGGAAGAGGUCACAACCUCGGUGAUCCUAACAGUCGGAAGGAGCAGGAUGGAGAGAGGAGUCUUUAUGGUGCUAACCUUCACAUGGUGCGAGCUUUAAUACACUCCUCCAUGAUCUGGGGUACAAUCGAACACACUGAGGAGGUUCAGAAUCUCACUGAGAUGCCACAAGGAGCACAGGAUGUCAGGAAGCUCCUCUUUGGCCACCUUCAGAAGGACAUUGAACUUCUCGCCAAAGCUUUAGGAAAGAGUGAGCAAGAUGCUGAGAUGACUGUCCACUUGUUUCUGAAGUUCAUCUUGGAGAGUUCUUCUGAGCCGAACAUCCAGCUCCAAAUAACAGACAGUGAGGAAAAAAGGGAAGAAUGGGAGAAAGUCAUUCACCAAAGACUUCAGCUCUUCUUUCAGACUUUUGAGGCACAGUUGCUGGACGUGCAGAGUAACAUUCUGAGAUUGGGUGGCAUGGAUACUUUGGCACAAAUUAUCUACAGGAAGGAGCCAACGCUGAAGGACCUGCCCACCUCCGGAGUGUUCAACCUUCCACUGAUGUGGAGUUUCGAGCAGAAGAUGACCAUCCAGCGCUUCAGUCACUUAAUUGAGCAGAAAGAUGAAAGAAGAAACGUUCCUCUUCUCUCAGAACUCCUGAAAAGUCAUGUUCACAUUCGACACAUCAGAUAUCUCCCUCAAGUGCUCAGCCUUCAGCAGAAACUGAUGUGUUAUUUUGAGAAUCUGGAUCUGCAGUGUUACAAUAACGUGCCCAUUAACACCUUCAGGAAGGAGACUGUGGCAGAUCAUGAUCAGCAGGCCUUCAGUGAAAGUGCUGAAAUUGUGAAGUUGUUAUGGAAACAUCUAAAGUCAAUUAAUUACUCACAGUUAACCGCCGAGCUGAAGGAAAAAGACGAGAACAACUUGAUGAUUCUGGACCUCCUACCAACGGAACGCUCUGUCGCUCGGAUUAUAACAAAGUACCUCAGCCAGAUGCAGAACAACUUCAUACAAAUGUCCAACCCUACAGCAGACAGGGUAAUCACUGCUAAUGAGCUCAAGCCUUCCCAUGUCAUCACCUGUGUUCCUGAGCAAGACUUCCUCACUAUCGCCAUUUCAAACAUCGACCAUGUGGUGCACGAGGACGGGAAAAAGAGCACCAACUAUAAUUUUAAAACUGUGGAGAGGCAGAUAAUAGAUCGAUUCUUCAAAGAGAAACCCAUGAUCAAAGUCACUACGCUUCCGUUAUUUGAGUAUGACACAGGAACAACGCUGCGUUGCUUUUUCAGCACAGUGCAGGACAAGCUGGAGCCCUUGAGCACCAACGACAGGAAUUGCAUCAUGAAUGAUUUCCGGUUUUUGAAUGAGAUCUCCGCAGCUCUUUCCACUCUGCGGAUUGUUAUUGGAUUUCUGAAGCUGUCGUUUCCUGCACCGGAGCAGAAGCUCAUGGCCUACCUGAAGAAAGACCUGAAACUGGAUGACAGAGCGCAGACACUGAACUUACAGGUGCUGAGAUCCAGCCAGGUGAAGCACAUUCAGUCUCUGUGGGAAGCGUUAUCACUGAGACAGUCGUCACUGCUCAUCGAGAUGAAUCAGAAUCCCUUUAUCAUGAUUGAGGAUCGCAGGUUUCAUGAGACGUUCACAAAAGAUCAGAAGAAUGAAAAUAAGACAAUUCUGGCAAACAUCCCUAACUUGGAUGUUCUCAUCACCGAGCUCCACUACGUGAUCCUGAACAUCAAGCUCAAAGAUGUCCGUCCAGACUGGAAAAUUACGGAAACAUUUGACGCCUUCCUGGACUGCGAUGAGAUCCACGAGAAGGCCAUUCACUGUCUGAAGGAUCUUCAGGAGAUGGAGAUGAGAUACGGCAUCGCUCUUUGGAAACUAGCAGUGCAGAUCAAGAAAGGGAUAAAAACCACUGAAUCUGUGUGAAGUGAAGCUGCAGGACGCGUGCGUCCGUUAAUAUUACAAAGCUUCAUUUACUUUCUUUAACAUUUAUUGCAAUCAGAAUUUCUAUUCUUACACUGAAACUAUAUUGGACAGGACGUUCAUGUUAAACGUCAAAGCAUUUAAACUAGAACAGAAUUGAACAAACACAGCAUUCUAAAAAGCAGUUAAAUUUAAUAAUAAUGGUAUUUGAUGUUAUGAAAAUAGAAAAUUUGCAUUAAGCCUUGAAAUGCCGUGUUUGAGAAAAAAAAAUAGUGAAUUUCUUUUUAGCUACUGAACUCUUGUCAGAAGGAUUUAUUCUUUAAGGUUAUUUAAGGUGAUAUUUUCCAAACUUUUUGAAAAAUGAGUGUUUUCUCUUUUCUUUUCGGCUGAUUUGUGUUCUGAAUGUCGUUGAUUGGGCUUCUGCGAUUUCUAAGCAAAUAAAAAUUAUAAUCAUCCAAUUCCACAGAGUGCUUUAUU